CAACCGCUACAUAUGUUCCCUUCCUCAGCAACUCCCCUUUCUCUCCUCACUCCUCCAUCCAUCCUUUCCCUCAUUCUGCACUCUCUCUACCAUAAUGAAUGACUUCACCAACACCAUCACCACCCUCCUCCACCUCCAACACAAGCAAAAACCUCUCAUUCUUCCCCUCAACCACCAAUAUCUCACUUCCAUCAAAACCCUAACACCCCAUAUCACCUGUCUCGCAGUCCACCGUAACCUUCUCUACGCCGCAUCUCUUAACCUCAUCAACGUCUUUGAUCUCUCCUCCAGUUACACGCUCAUCGACACCUUCAACGAAACCUCCACUUCAGGUUUCGUAAAAUCCAUCACGUUUACCGGUUCGAGAGUCUUCACUGCUCACCAAGACUGUAAAAUUCGUGUCUGGCAUAUUACAUCUUCAAAACGACACUGUCUUGUUUCUUCACUACCUACCUUCAAAGACCGGUUGCGCCGCUGCAUCGUUCCUAAAAACUACGUGACGGUUCGACGUCACCAGAAGAGUCUUUGGAUCAAACAUAACGAUACGGUGUCUGGUUUAGCAGUAAACGAGAAAGAGAAACUCAUGUAUUCUGUUUCUUGGGAUAAAAGUUUUAAGAUUUGGGAUUUGUCUUCCGGGUAUUACCGGUGUUUGGAGUCUUUAAACGCGCACAAUGACGCCAUUAACGCUGUUGUUGUUUCAGAUGACGGUACCGUUUACACGGCUUCGGCGGAUGGGUGCAUCAAGGCUUGGAAGAUGGAUCAUAAGGUGAAGCGGUAUUCGUUGGUGAGUUCGGUAGGGAAGCAGAAACCAACUGUUAACGCGUUGGCAAUGAACGGCGAUGGUACGGUUUUAUUCUCCGGCGGGAGUGACGGGACGAUAUGCCGGUGGGAGAAUAAUAACAAGUGUGAGGAAAAGAACGUUGUGUUGAUGGAAACGUUGAGGGGUCAUAGUGGGGCGAUACUUUGUUUGGUCAACGUGAAUGAAUUGUUGGCGAGUGGGUCAGCGGAUCAUACGGUGAGGAUUUGGCAGAGGGAAAGAAGGGACGGCGGUGGUUAUUGUUGUAGGGGAGUGUUGGAAGGACAUGAAAAACCGGUGAAGUCGUUGGUGGUAAUUUCAGGUGGUGGUGAAGAGGAUGAUAAAUCUGAAGGGGAUGUGGUCGUUACUCUUUUUAGUGGAAGCCUUGACGGGGAAAUUAAAGUGUGGGAAGUGUUUGGUUUGAUUUAAAACUUUACCAUUUCUAGAUCAUGAUCUUAACUAGCUAGGUUGAAACUGACACAAACAUGUUACAUGGUGGUAGUUUAACAGCAAAUGGAUAUCAACUUAUCAAACCGAGCGCAGCCUAAUAUAUGUAUAUAUAUGCUUCGGCUUUUCAUGAGAGCAUAAAAUCAAGUUUCAAAACUGAUGUGGCUGAAGUCUUGCUCUUCAUCACUAGAACUUUAGUUGCAAUAAGUAAAACAAAAAUAAUUAUAAAUAAAAGUAUGUAUCUUCAUGCGUAACAUUUUUAUGUACGUUAUCACAAGCUUUAUUUGCUCUCUA